UGCGUUUACUAUGUGAUGCUGUGUCUGAGCGUGGUAAUUCGCACAAACCGCAUGAAACGUUGUGUAAAUUCCGCCCACCGCGUGCGCCUGCGUCUAAAUGGUGUGGACCCACUGACACCAACUGCCUGCAAGCUAGCACUGAGACGUCAAACUAAGCUUGCUGAGCUCGGUAUUCACAUCAUGGAUUUGAACAGCAUCCUGUCCCAGCUUGAAACCGCAAACGAAGAGGAUGUAGAGAAGCUUUUGCACCGGUACAGUCAGGAAAACACCAAGACCUUCACGUUCGACCAAAAGGAAGAGUCCCUGCGCAGUAAACUGUGUCAGCGUGUGCUGACGAUCCUCAGGAAACAGACACGGCCCAGCUGUCAGAAAGCAUGUCUGGAAACACUCCGCAUCCUGUCCAGAGACAAGCGUGUCCUGGCACCUGUGGCCACCAGGGAGGGGAUGCUGGUGCUGACCAACCUGGCAGGGCUGCAAGCAGGACCAGAGGAGGCGGAUCACAACCAGAAAGCCUCCACACAGUCAGAGGAGGAGCUGAGAGUGGUGGUGGAGGCUUUAAAGUGCCUAUGCAAUGUGGUGUACAACAGUCCAGCAGCUCAACAGGUGUGUGUAGACAUACAGCUGGCUCGUGGUCUGUGUGCCAGCCUUCACACUGCCCGCUCAUGGCACCACGAGGUGGGCCUAUUCAUACUGCGGCUGCUCUUCCUGCUGUCCGCCCUCCGACCUGACGUGAGAGGAGUUCUGAGGAAAGAUUGCCAUGCUGUGAGAUUACUAGCAGAGGUGCUGGAGCACACCCUGAAUGUGCGCUGGGUCGGUACCUAUGAAGCUGCUCGUACAGAUCCACAGGCCCUGCCUCUACCUGCAGAGAAUAACGAGCGUGCCAUGGAGGCUCUCAAAGCCUUGUUCAACCUCACACUCACUGAAGUCCGUGAUGAGGAGGACAACCAUCAGUUCCGACUCAUCGCUGCCAUCCUGCGUCACCUGCUGAUGCUCAAAACUGAGACGGAGGAUAAAACGGAAGAAGCACACAGCCAUGCUGUUAACCUGCUGAACAACCUGCCCGUGUCCUGCCUGGACGUGCUGAUCGACACUCCCGUUCAGGGCGGGCAGGAGAAGUAUGGCGGUAAAAACAUAGAAGCUGUACAGGUACUACUGGACUUCAUGGAGAAGAGAAUCGACAAGGGCUCCAACUACAAAGAGGGUUUGACUCCGGUGCUCAGCCUUUUAACAGAAGCGUCCAGGUGUCACAGGGAGCUCCGCAGAUACCUCAAAGCUCAGGUACUCCCUCCACUAAAAGAUGUGAAGAGCAGGCCAGAAGUUGGCACCACCAUCAGAAACAAACUGGUUCGCCUCAUGACGCAUGUCGACAUGGGAGUGAAGCAGACGGCCGCGGAGUUCCUCUUUGUCCUCUGUAAAGAGAGCGUGGACAACCUGCUGAAGUACACGGGCUACGGAAACGCAGCGGGACUCCUCGUGGCUCGAGGGCUUCUGGCAGGAGGGAGGGGAGAGACUCAGUACUCCGAAGAUGAAGACUCGGACACAGAAGAAUACAAAUCUGCCAAACCUUUCAUCAACCCCAUUACUGGUCAUGUGGAGGAACCCAUGCCAAAUCCCAUUGAAGACAUGACGGAGGAGCAGAAGGAGUAUGAAGCUGAGAAAUUGGCCAAUAUGUUUGACAAGUUGUCAAGGCAGAACCUGAUUCGGCCGAUGGGCGUCCGGCCGGAUGGGACAUUAGCGCCUCUAGAAGAAACUCUCUGUGAUCCACCUGAGGACAACUCUGAAUCCGACUCGGACUAGCGCACCAGGCCUCUUUUCCCCAGACAGGAGUCCACCGGGGCCUAGGCACAUCCAGAUCUGUCCCAGCUCCUCUGGUGGAUCCUCAGCGGUGGGCCCAGAAUCUGUCAUCUUCAGACAAAACUGUUACAUGCUGCACUUAUUUAUGACCUGUUAAAGUCCAGUAGGAGGUGAGAUGGUAGAAGUGUGAUGUGUUUAAGGUCCUGGCCCACAUUCUGGUGCGUUAAAGAUAAUAAAAACAUAGAUUGACUUUAUCUGUACAACUAUGACAUUUAUAUCUACAACUUUGCAGGGUUAAUCAUUCUUUGGUGUGUUUCAGUUAUAUACUAUUUUCAUUUUAAACGAUGACAGAAAAGUUUCAGCACACAGCAGGUGGACAGCAGUAAACCGAGGGCUGCCACAUCAGGAUGUGUUCAGGUAACAUGAGAAUGGUGAUCCAGUCCUGAAGUGGGACACAGCAGAAUAUUUCCCAGGAGUCUCCGUAGCGACCACACACCCUCUGAGACAGCUGUAAGGUCGUAGGGGAGGUAAAUUUAAGAGCCUUUAUGGUUGCUGUUGCAUCACAAGCUGAGAAAACAUGAAUAUUUUUUGCUGGAUUGUUAGUUUUUAUCUGCAGACACUGUUGCUAAGGUUUGAAUCAUUCCUUCACGUGUACUUCAUUUAUUCCACUUUUGAGUUUAUCGAUAGAAUGCGCAUCACGUACAACUUCGAAAAUAACGAACGUGGUAAAGACGGUACAGGAAAGUGCUCCUUUCAUCUGAAAUCAUGCUGCUUGGUGGGAUUGGAGGAAGCUGGACACCAGUGCAUCACAAGUCCAGAGCUUACUUCGUCCUUUCCUGUCGUGAAUUUUGACAAUAUAAACUUUAUUUUAAAUUUUUCUACAUUUCUUUUGCCAAAUCUGCAUGUUAAAUGGGAAGUUUUCCAAUUAUCUGUAAUUGAAACAUUUUUAAUAAGCAUUUUAUUGGUCAGCAGCAUGAUUAAUGACAUUUAACACCAUUUUAACCAGAGAAAUGUUUCGUAGUGAGAAAUCACAAGCACAGCUCACCUGUGAAUCACUACUGCCUGUUCACACCUGAGUUUACUGAUGCUUUUUAAUAUGAGUCUUGUAUUUGUUUUGUAAAGAAAUUGAUUCUAGACCUUUUUGGGUUUCUAAUUGGGUUUUGGACGAGUUUGUUUUUGCUACGUUUGUUUUGGGGUACAUUAAAAGCUGCAUGUAUCUGA